CAGCUUAGUCAAUCAAGUCUGGAGUGUGGGUAGUGCUGGCUUUAAUAAGGUUUUUUGUGCAUAUACACGAACGAAAACGCCCCUUCCUUAUACACGAAGUGCAGCUCACUUUCUCAAUGACGACUGCUGUAUUACUAUUACCACUUCCAUCACUCGAGCCAAUCGAUGCUUCGCGCCAAUCCCUUGUCAAGCAAGCUGUCCAGGAAUCACUGCGGCAAAAAGUCGGAAAACUCCUCAUCCUGGUACGAUUUCCAGACACGUCGUCGUUCACCAUAGACGGACAAUGGCAUCAGUUACAGGCGCUCCUGUGCUCGUUAUAUGUAACGCAGCUCAAUGUCACAUAUGCAGCCAAUGCUCCUUUAUUCGAUUGUACGAUUGUCUUCGACGGUUGGUGCAACUACUCAGUAGGACUCGAGUGUGCAGUGACGCUGGCGUUCACAACUGAACAAGACGUAUCCGAAGUCAAUGCAUGGAAUCAACAAAGAAACAUUGCUAUUGCUGUUCAUAAGCUUAUUCUCGACAAUCCAGUAAAUCCGAAACAACAAGCAACAAAUAAUAGCAGCAAUGACAAUAAUCAGAUAUUCGAUCACACCGUAGUUGGUGGCACUUUCGAUCACAUCCAUGCCGGCCACAAAAUCUUGCUCACCAUGACGGCACUUUUGGCAAAGAAGAGCAUUACUGUUGGCGUCACUGAUGACUCCAUGCUCGUAUCCAAAAAGCACCGCGAACUUAUUGCAUCGACUGAAUCUCGUAUUGAGAAUGUAAAGCGGUUCCUGCAUGUUAUCCGUCGCGGUAUUGAAUACGUUGUCGUGCCAAUUUCAGACCCAUACGGGCCGACGAUCACCGAUCCAAAACUCCAGGCAAUAGUAGUCUCCAAAGAAACAGAAAAGGGUGGUGACGCUGUUAAUGUGGAACGUGCAAAGCGAGACUACUCUCAAUUAGCAUUAAAGAUUAUUGAUGUUAUUUCCUCAGACAAUGCUUCGGUCAAUGGACAGGAUAUGGGUGCAUUAAAAAUUAGCUCGACGUGGAUACGAGAAUAUAUUGCACAACAGCAACAACAACAGUAGAUUAAACAUAUAAAACAACAGUAAAAU